UCCUUUCAAGCCCCGCGCGCAGCAGGAAGGGGGACUUUUUUUGCAGCGGACCUAAACCGGAAGUUGCUUUCCUCGCGGAGAUGCCGGUGGGGGAGGAGUAGUCCGAAGGGAACGUGGGUUGAACGUAACUACUAGGUGGUGUGGAGUUCGGACCGAUCCGGUACGAAGAAGCGGAGUGCCAAGGGCAGGGUUCAUUGAAAAAUCCUUAGUGAUAUUGACAUGUUUCAAGUGACAUAAAUUAGCCAAUGACUCGGAAUGAUGGAUUCUCCGAAGAUUGGAAAUGGUUUGCCAGUGAUUGGACCAGGGGCUGAUAUAGGGAUAUCUUCACUCCCCAUGGUGGGAUAUUUGGGAAAAAAUUAUGAUUCAGCUAAAGCUACAUCAGAUGGGUAUUGCCCUGCUUGUAGAGAGAAGGGAAAAGUAAAAGCCUUAAAGACUUACCGAAUUAGUUUUCAAGAAUCUAUCUCUUUGUGUGAGGAUCUGCAGUGCAUCUAUCCUUUGGGCUCUAAAUCACUUAAUAAUUUAAUUUCUCCUGAUUUGGAAGAUUGUCACAUUCCAAAUAAGCCUCAAAAAAGAAAGAUCUUGGAAACAAGCUGUCAUGAUUCGUCUUUUUUAGCAAAUUCCAAAAAGACUAGAAAUCAUCUUGUUACUGGUGGAGAGCAAGUUUUGGACAGCAAACAUAACAGAGACGUAUAUGAUGAAAUCUUGUCAAACUUACCCAAUAGUCAACAGAAUUCAGUUAGGACUGCUGAUUCCUUGGAGCAGAAUGAGACUUUGGAAGCCGAUAAUGUUGAUAUGGCUACUGAAGAAGAUCCUGCUACUAUUGAUAUCUCUGAAACUGGGGGAAUUUCCCCUCAGAAUGAAGGACAUACAUCUAAACUGGAAAUGCCAUUGCAGAUCAGAUGUUCAUCAUUUCUCCAGACUCUGUGUGUCCAGUGGAAAAAUACUAAUGCCCUCUGUUGGUUAGACUGUCUCUUGUCAGCUUUGGUGCACUUGGAAGAGUUAAAGAACACUGUGACUAAAUUGUGUUCUGAGAAAGAAUCUGUGUUUUGGCGGUUGUUUGAAAAAUACAAUCAAGCAAGUAAGCUUCUGUAUACCAGUCAGUUGGAUGGAGUUAAAGAUGGAGAGUAUAAAAUUACUUCAGAAAUAUUUACAGAGAUAGAGACCUGUCUGAAUGAAGUAAGAGAUGAAAUUUUUACUGAACUGCAGCCCCAGCUUAGAUGCACAUUGGGUGACAUGGAAAGCCCUGUGUUUGCAUUGCCCUUGCUCUUAAAAAUAGAACCCCACAUUGAAAAGCUCUUCACUUACUCUUUUUCUUGGGACUUUGAAUGUUCACAGUGUGGGCACCGGUAUAAAAACAGGUAUAUGAAGAGUUUGGUCACCUUCACAAACGUCGUCUCUGAGUGGCACCCACUUAAUGCUGCCCAUUUCGGCCCAUGUAAUGCUUGCAACAGUAAAUCUCAAAUAAGAAAAAUGGUAUUGGAAAAAGUGUCUCCCAUAUUCAUGUUGCACUUUGUAGAAGGCUUACCACAGAAUGACUUGCAGCACUAUGCAUUUCAUUUUGAAGGCUGUCUUUAUCAAGCAACAUCUGUAAUUCAGUACCAAGCGAAUAAUCAUUUUAUUACAUGGAUUUUAGAUGCUGAUGGAAGUUGGCUAGAAUGUGAUGACUUAAAAGGUCUGUGUGCUGAAAGGCAUGAAAAAUUUGAAGUUCCUGCUUCAGAGAUACAUAUUGUUAUUUGGGAAAGAAAAUCAUCCUGUGUGACAGAUAAGGAAGCUGCCCGCCUUUGCCUCCAGAAGACUAACAGUGAGCAUGCUUUUGGUGAGAAGCCGCCAGCAUCUCCAGCAUGGCGUUCUGUGGGUGAGGCUGCCUCAGCAGAAACAUCGUCAGUGACUCACCCUACACACGUAUCAGUUGUUUCUCAUGCUCUUCCACGGGACAAAACUGUAACUCUUGAGGAUCAUGGAUGUUCAGAUACAAAAACUUUGGUUGACGGUAGUAUUUUACCUUUGACACUUAAAGGAACUAUCCAGAAAACUGCCUCAUUUUUCCAGAUUAACUCCAAAGUUUUCCCAUCAGAAAACAAACCUGUGACAGAAAAUAUAGAACUUGGCAAAGCAAAUACUUUGCAAUCUCAAGAAUCACUAACAGCUUCUUCAGCAUCUAGUCCAAGUAAAGAAAAGCUUAUCCAAGCUCAAUUUGUGGAUUUAAGCUUUCUAUCACAAGUUGUAAAUAAAAACACACAGUUAGUGCAGUCAAAUACAGGAGAUACUUCAAUUACUAAAUCUGUGAACAGUAUUCAUUCUACUAGUCUUGUACAGGGAAUGAAGUCAGCAGAAAUUGAGAAAGAGACUCAGUUAAAACAGUUUCUUCCACCAAAAACUGAGAUAUUAAAGCCAGAGCAACAUGCUAUAUCUCAGGUAUCUAAUUUGAAGAAAAAGGAAACUGCAGCAGAUUCUCAAACCAUAAUAACCAAAUCAUCACAGAAUCAGCCUCCGAAAGAAAAUCAAAAGAAACCAUUUGUGGGAAGUUGGGUUAAAGGCCUAUUAAGCAGAGGUGCUUCUUUUAUGCCACCUUGUGUUUCAGCUCAUAAUAGAAGCAUUGUAACUGAUUUGCAGCCUUCAGUUAAAGGGGCAAAUAAUUUUGGUGGAUUUAAAACUAAAGGUAUAAACCAAAAGGCUAACCGGUUAUCUAAGAAAGCUCGGAAGAGUGCAGAUAAGUCUCCUUCAGUCUACAGUCCUCCACCAGGUCCUCUGCCACCGGGUAGCACAGCUGUUCAUCCGCACGCUGCCGGGAACACCACUUCAGAACUUUCAAAAAAGUAUGAAAGUGCUUCCCAGGGAGUUCACCUCAACCAUGAUUCUCACAGAAAGGAAAAUGGUGUUUCUUUAGCAAACCAUGGAGACUCAGUUGAAGGUCAGAUCCAUAAACUUCGUCUAAAACUUCUUAAAAAGCUAAAGGCAAAAAAGAGGAAAUUAGCUGCUCUUACAUCUUCCCUUCAAAGUGAAACACUUCCAAGUGAAAAUUUAGAACCUGUGCCCCAGUGUGGGUCUCCAAAUGAUUGUGAAUCAAUAGAAGACUUGUUAAAUGAACUACAAAAUCAGAUUGAUAGUGCAGAUAAUAAAUCUGGAUGUACCACUAUUCCUGUUUCCUCAUAUAGUGGUCAAACUCAUGAAGAAAUUUUAGCAGAAUUAUUAUCUCCUACAACUCUUUCAACAGAGCUCUCAGAAAAUGGGGAAGCUGACUUUAGGUAUCUGGAAAUGGGAGAUAACCCUGUCCCAGUACCCAGUGAAUUAAAUGAUGUUCCCCAGAACACACAUCUGAAACAGGACCAUAAUUAUUGCAGCCCCACCAAGGGAAAUCAGUGUGAAGCGCAUCCAGACUCACUAACAAAUAAUGCCUGCAUAAGAACCUCAAACUUGGAGAGUCCCAUGAAGACUGAUAUUUUUGAUGAAUUUUUUUCCACUUCAGCAUUAAGUUCUUUAGCAAAUGACACAUUAGACUUACCUCAUUUUGAUGAAUAUCUGUUUGAGAAUUGAUGAGUGCUUGUUAACUCUUUAGUUUAAUAUUUAUUGCUUAGAAAUAUAUAACUAUUUUCAGGUAGUGUUUAUACACUGACCUUGUGUUAUAACCACGAAUAAAAUGUAAGCUGAUGAAGGUUUUACCUUUGAUUCUGCCCAUGAGGCAUAUAAUCAGUUUUA